AUGGACCUUGCAACCUUGUUUGGCAAGCUCCAAGAGUAUGAAAUGGAGCUAACUAGAAUAACCUUGAAGGAACAAGCCAUCAAGAAAAGCAAGGGAAUUGCCUUGAAAGCCUCAACACCAAGCAAAGAGAAAGAUGAGGAAAAAGAAGAUGGAGAUUCCGAAAAUGGUCUUGACGAAGAUGAGAUGAGUCUUUUCGUAAAGAAAAGAAGAUCUAAAGAUGAAGGAUCCUCACAACUUACCAUCACUUGCUUUGAAUGUGGAAAAACCGGUCACUACAAAUCGGAUUGUCCAAAUAUUCAAAAGAAAGACAAAUAUGAAAAGAAGCAAGGCAAGGAUAGAAGGAACUUCAAGAAGGCUUAUCUUGCUUGGGAUGAUGAAUCUAGUUCUUCCGAUGAUGACUCCAAGGAAGAAGCAAAUCUAUGCUUCAUUCAAGAUGGAAGACCACCGGAGAAAUCAAGCAAAGGAACUCAACAUGUAUGUCUAAUGGCAAAUGAGGACAAAAAUGAAUCCGAAACCGAGGUAAACUCAUCUUGCUCUACUCUUUCCCCUUCAUAUGAUGAGUUGUCUGACAUGUUUGAAGAAAUGCAUAAUGAAACACUAAUACAUGUUAAAGCUCUUAGAGCAUCAAGAAAGACUAUUAGUUCUUUGAAAAAACAAAUUGCAUCUUUAGAAAAGGAAGUAAAGGAGUUGAAGGAUGAAAAUGAAACUCUCAAAUUACUUGAUGCUAGCAUUGGUUGUAUUAAAUGCCUAUCUUCAAAUGAUCAUGCAUCUCCAUCAUCAUGUACUUCAUGCAAAGAUCUAAACAAUGAAAUUGAUGAUUUAAAUGAAAUUCUAAGCAAAUUCACAUGUGGAAGAGACAACUUAAAUGUGUUGCUUGCCCAUUCAUUAAAUGUUUUCAUUGUGGUGGAAAAGGUCAUAGUGCAUCCACUUGUAAAGUUAGAAAGAAUGGUUUGUUUGAAGGCUAAAAGCUCCAAGUGGUACUUGGAUAGUGGUUGCUCAAGUCACAUGACGGGAGAUGUAACUAAGUUCCAAUCACUCACUAAGAAAGAACAUGGACAUGUUUCCUAUGGAGAUAACAACAAAGGAAAGAUUCUUGGUAUUGGAAAAGUUGGUAAUUCCUCCUCCGUUUCUAUAGAAAAUGUUUUACUUAUUGAGGGUCUCAGACAUAACUUGCUUAAAAACCUUGGCAAAUUUGACUCUAAAGCCGAUGAAGGGAUAUUUCUAGGAUAUUCACUUACAAGUAGAGCCUAUAGGAUCUAUAACAAAAGAACAAUGGUCAUUGAAGAGUCUAUUCAUGUUGUAUUUAAUGAGACUAACAAUGCCUUGCCUAGAAAGGAACCUUGUGAUGAUGAGGUUAUAGAAAGCAUGGAAAACAUAAACUUGAAUGACAAAGAGGAAAGUGAAAG